GUUCGUUUUCUGCUCAGGCAAAUGCGCCACCUGUCGCUUCCUCUCGCAAACGGUCUCGUGUAAUUAUUUUGUUUAGUUUUUGUAGCAGUUAGUGUGAGAGAGAGAAUCCGUAAACAAUGGAGGCAGGAAACUGAAGCGACUGCAGACAGUGUUACGCGAGUUUCCCAGUGUGGUGUUAGUCUGAAAACUCAUUUGCACGUGCCGAAGAAGCUGAGCCAUGGAAUAUGAAUGAUGCCGUUCUCAGCUGACGUUCCCGGCCAAAAUGUCAGCUCCAGGCCGCGUGCAGAACAUCAAAAAGCAUUUUGAAAAUGCGCCCGAGUCGCCGUACUACCAGGGCGGGCAGCUGUUGUCCAAGGCUGGCAACGGUCACCUGCCAGCCUCGGCGCAGACGGCCAUCAAACGCAGUCCGGCGUUCCGCAACGACAAAGUCGUGCCCAAGAAGCAGCCGCUGCCAACGCCGAGGGCCGGCUUUCUCGGGUCCACCGCCGCUGCCAACAAGGCCAGACCGAUCUACGGGACUGCCGAGCCAUUUCGGCUGCCCGCAGUUAAUGCUCCCCAGCUGCAGAAGAAGACUCCUCCGGGGCCGCAAAGGGUUGUCAAGGCGGGCUCCGAGAGCCCAACAAAGCUGAGUCCGACUCAAAGAGUCCAUGUGCUUGGCAUGACACCGGUGACGACAAAAAAUCCCAGACCUAACGACCCUUCCAAACUCGUCAAGGUUUUCCCUGUGAAAGUUCCAAAGCCGACAACCACCCCAGCGCCGAAAAUGACGACCUUCUCGGCGGCGCCGAAGGAAGACACAAAAGUGGCCGAAAUCCUGAAGAGCCCUCUGCCGCAGGGUCCGCCGCCGCAGAAGCCACCGCGGACGUUCGCGCACAAGCUGCAAUUCUUCCAACAGGCGCCUGAGCCAAAGGUUACAAAGCGGCCCCCUUCGCGUUCUGCGAGUGGCCCCCUGCGGCCGGCCACGGUGCGGCGGCCAUCGGUGCCGCCGCCCUCGAUGCCGGCCCGCUCAAAGACUGAGUCGCAGAUCGUGCGCAGGAAGGACAGGCCCGGCAGGUCGCCGGUGCAGCAGUGUCCUGUGCCGCAGUAUGCGCAGGCCGACAGGUCCGUGGAGCUGGCCAGGUCGCACUCGAUGGAACAUGUUUAUGCCGUUCCCUUUGUCCCCAAGCCCGAGGACGGCGUUCCUGUCACAGACAAGGUCAGAAGGUCGCCCGGGAAAGAUAUGGAUGGCCUCUAUUACAUGGCGCGGAAACGUCUUCGGGCAACAGCGAUUUUUAAAAUAUUGGAGUCGACGCCGAUCCAGUGGCCAUCCAGGCCGACAAACUUGCCCGUGCAGAGCUUCAAACCUCAGCAGCGGGGCGCGAAGACGUCGCCGCCCUGCGCUAAAGUGAUGCCCACCCUUAGGGAGAGCCCCAAAAUGAUAAUCGAGCCACCAUUUGACCAAGACAGGAUCCAGAUGCUGGUAAACGAAGCGUUCAAUUCAGUCCAGCUGGUCACUCCGGACCCCUCGACGGACAGCGAGGACCCCUUGGACAGCGACUUCUCCUACAUGGACAGGAGCAGCCCCUCCGAGGUUUCCUUGAUAACUCAGAAAUUAGGGCCUAAACCGACUGCAGGAUCAUUUAGAGGAGUCCUAAAAAGUUUUAAGGAUGACACGGACGAGGAGGCUAAGCGGCUGGUGGAGAAACGCAAGGGCUACGUGAAACGGGCGAGCAGCUUCGCCUUCCCGCAGACCCGCCGCUUCUCGGCCGACCCCACCGCCAACCACCUGUUCGAGUGCGUCCUUCUCGUCGGACUCAACCUCGACCAAAACACCAAAGGCUACCAGCCUUAUAUCAAAUCAAAAUUCCCUGCAAACGCCCAAGUACCUGAUGAAAUAAAGCUGUUUGUGUUCCCUGACGCAAGCGACUGGCCACCGCAUGAGGGCAGCGAGCACAAGAAACAAUACUCAAUAGUGCUGACUUCCGACAGCGGAGCCCGGAGCUACGGCUACUGCCAACGAAUCGUCCCUGAAGGAAUGGAUCUGUGUCUUCCCUUAGCCUACUGUAUUGUAACCAAACACAGAGCCAGCGGAUUUUUUUACAAGAUCCUGGCUGAACUUGAAUCUCGUCACGGACAAACGGAGGCCAGUCGAAUCUCGCUACUCUCAGCGUUGCAGUACGAGCAGCUGCCACCACUAGGCAGUAGUCUCAGGAUUCCCGGCCUGAGCGUGAGCAGACCCAUGGACCAACGGCUGGAAGACACGGAUCUGUCCACUCUCUAUUCAAGUCUGCCAGACCGAAUGAUCCUGCGGGUGGUGGCGUCGGUGCUGCACGAGCGGCAGGUGGUGCUGCUUAGCGCCUCUCUCAGCAAGCUGACGGCGUGCGUGAUGGGCCUGCAGGCAGCUCUCGAGCCCUUCCAGUGGCAGCACACCCUGGUCGCCGCCCUACCUGCCAACAUGACUGAAAUAUGCAACGCGCCCACGCCGUACGUCAUUGGACUGCUAAAAAGCAAAUCAGGCCAAAUCCCCGCAUUCUCCAUUGAAGAGGGGAUGGCUAUUGAUUUGGACACCGGAAAAGCCAUUAAGUGCUUGGGAGACGAGUGCAAAAUCUUGCCAGUCAGACUGCAGAAGGCGCUCUUCAAGGUCCUGCAGCUGGCCUCGUCUACAGGAGAAAACGAGCCUACGAGGAACGUUCUUGUAUCGGAGGCAUUCAUUCGCCUCUUUGUCGAAGCUUGCGGCCACUACCGCAACCAUAUUGUCAUGCAGCAAGAUGGCAAAACUGUGUUUGAGAGAGAAUCGUUUUCAAAAGCUGUGGAAUCCAGAAGUCUUCAAUUAUUUUUAGAAUGGUUUGCCGAGACGUCUUUAUUUUGUACAUUCAUAGAUGACAGAACUCGGAAAUCUAGUUUCAAUAGUAUAUUCGACGCACGGGUAUUACAGAAUUUCAAAGAGUCUGAUGAAAACCUGGUUCAAAUCAUCAAAAAUCGUAAGGCCAUCAAUAAGAAAGUUAAAACUUUGGGUAACCGAAUAAGAGAUUUAGUGCAUUGAAUGAAGAUAAAAGAUAGUGAUUUUAAUUUUCUAAAGAAAAUGUCCCAUAUUUAAGAAAAUAUAUUAAGACAUUUUGUAAAGUUCUA